AAAAAAAAGUGUUGUCUUGGUCAUCUCACAAUCUCAAAACCCUGGCAGUUCGUGCUGGAGUGAUGGAGAAGGUUCUCAUCCCUAAGUGAUGUUCUUUCUUCUUGUGAAAUGGAAGGCCUGAAACAGAAGUGGUGGACCAGGUGGUGUGUCUAGUCCUCAGGCAUUGCUCUUACAGCCAGCUGCAUUGGGAUCAAUUUGUUUCACUUGGAAUGCACCAGGCUGUGCACUGAAGCUGGGAGGAGCUUUGCUUCAUGAUCUGUUGGAUUUAGCUGUGGUAGUUGAGGUAAUUGCCAGGAGGUGUAAUCUCUUUAAUCACUGCUGCUAAAUCCAGUAAGAAUCAUGAACUAGAUCACACAGAAAUUAUUUUAUUUGUAAGUGCACAUUUUCCAUUGAUUUAAAAUAGAAGGAAAGUAACAAUUCCUUUAAUUAUGUUUAUAGAAUAGGUGCGAACUGUAAGUAUUUUUAAAACAAGCAAACUUACUUAUUGCAGAAGCCAUUUUGGGGGGAAGGAUUAACCAUGUAGUUUCAGGACAAAGAGCAGGAAAUUAAUGUCUUCUGAGCACUUGAAGGGGGAUGAAAAUACUGUGAUCAGUACUUGCUUAGUGCAGAUACUUCGGUUCAGCAUUUAGCAAAAUGGAUUCUGGUAUGGACUAGGUUGACUAUGGCUCUUAAGCACUUCAGUGAUACAAAAAAGUAACAAUCAUAACUGAUACUUAGGACAACUGUACAUUUCCUAAGAAGCAUAAGGUCUCUCUAGGCAAUGCAGAGCUAAUCCACAUCUGCUUCCAGAUUCCUUUGCAAAGUGAAGAAUCAAUAAAUAAAUUAUCAUAGAAUCUGUUAUUUAUGAAACACAAGAGCUUCUAAGAAGUCUUUCUAAGGAGGUAGUAUAGAUGUGGCAUAUUUAUUUUGUUUCCCUCAUUAGAAAAUAAAUAUCUUUACCUCAUUUCCAUUCAACUUCUAAAUACCAUGAUUUUAAAAAAUGAAACAGUUAAACUACAGUGUCUUUUUGUUGUGUCAUAACCCACAUAUUUUGUUGCAUCUUUGUGGGCUUGUAUUCCUUUUGUAAUUAAAUUCAUGGAGAUAAAACUCCAAAACUUAAAGCCUGUAACUCGUGAGGUUAUUUGGCCUCACGUAUUAAUUUGUUUUUCAAAACCAUCUAAAGAACAGGGAAGUAAAUUUGCAAGAUAUUUCAGGUUUUCAUUUUUUUCCCCACAAUGGUUUGUUUUCUAUAGAAUUGUUAAAACAUUUGACCUCGUCUUAAAAACUGGAGAAGGAUCCUUUGAAAAGACAGUAUCUUUGAACAUACAGGCAAAUUUUCAGGGAUCUGUCUGUAGAGAUAGACCCUUUCUCAUUCUUGAAUAAGAUGAAUAAGUCUUUGUGGUGUGGAACUGACCAACUAGAUUUUGUAUUUAAAAUAAAACAUUACAUUGUUGAAGGACCAAGUAUUCUGGAAAUAAUGCUGCUAACUUUACAAUUUAGAUAUGCAUGUUAUUUAUUCUUCGAACUGCUGUAAUGGUGCUGCUUAACCGAAAGUGUUCAGUGGAUUCCCUGAGCAACAUUUGAGCAAAUGAAUAAUUCCAAUUAUUUCAGUAAGAUGACACAUAUACUUAAAAGUUUAGGCUUGUAUUUAAGUAUCUUUCUGAACUUGACUCAUUGUCUGUUUAGUUAUGUGUCUAAUUCAGUUCCUGUUUAAAAGGGCUAAAUGCCUAAGCAUCUCUUGUCUGGUUAAGUGUAUAUUAAAUUGACUGUAUGUAAGCGCAUACUUAAAUUAGGCAUAUACUUAUGUACGUUACUGACCAAGGAUCUAAAUUAGAAUGCAGACACACCACUUGAGGAGCCAUUUCUGCCAUUGGAUUUACUUGAGCCGUGACUGUUGAUCCUGUAGAAACCUGCAUGAGUAUCCACUUAAUUGCAAGGUACUAGCUGUUCAGGAUAAGGUCUGGUUCAUUAGUAAUUUGAAAACACUUAAGUAUUUCAGUUUUCAGAAGAACUGGUACAUAAUUCUAUGCCUAAUUUGCACACACAGCUGCUGGGACUGUAUAAUUAAAAGCCCGUUAGUUAGCUACAUAUUAGGCAGGAUGUGCAGCAAAGUACCUGAUACUCAUGAGCAGACAGGCAAAUCAGGUACACCUCAGGUACACAUUGCAUGCCUCACUUCAACAUGAGAUCUGUAAAGAGUGCUGAACAGUGUGAUGACGACUCAGAUGCAUGCCUGUUUUUUAAAAAGCCCUGGAAGUCAUUAUUGCACAGUUAAUUCUUAAGUGCUAAUAAUUUUCCUAUUUUUCUCCUUUAGAUAGCAAAAUCAAGUGGUUUGUUACAUGUUAAGGAGCAAGGUGCCUCAAAAUUUAACAUAAAUAAAAUAAAUGUAAAUAGGAAGCAUGAGGAAGAAAAGGGUACUGUUAUUUUAUCUUUUCUAUUCCACCCAUGCUACAUAUAAAUUAAGUUUCAUUUAGAUUUAUUUUGUCCUUUGGUCAUAUCCAGCUGUAACCUAUUCCUUGCUGCAGAUCUGUAGAACAGGUGUGCACACUUUUUUUCUUCUUUUUAUUUUUUUAAAGUAGUAUGUUUCCUGUGGGGUCUGUUGGAACUUGUAUAGCUAAAACUGCACAGUGUUUUGAAACUUACCUCAUAUUUUGCUUUUUGAUAAGAAUAUUUAUAUAUUCAUUUUUAAAUCCUGAACUUAGGAGUUUUAUAGUUAAAACAUACACAGUUUGAACCAAAGCAGUAAAAGCCACUGGCACAGUAUUUGUGUAUACCUUGACUUUUAAAACUGUGUUUAAAUAAAAGCAUUUACUUUAUUAAAGUGCAUGGGGUAAUACCAAAGGGCUCAGCUGGAUAGCAUAUAUACAAUUAUGCCAGCAGUUUUGAAUAGAUCAUAGAUACCUAAUAUAAUUAAAACUUCUUUCAGUAGUUUUUCAGUUUAGCGUUUUAAUGUUUAUACUAGUUUAAAUUCCUUUACAUUUCGAAUUUAAUACUUACGUUUAAUUGUAAUCGUAAUUUUUUAACUACUAAAUCUUCCGAUUUUUGAAGAUUUUGGGGGAUUCAUUUAGCAGUCUAAUUGUGACUAAUGUUGAAUGAAACCUGUGUUUAAUUCAGAUUAGAUAUUACUUAAACCUUCAUCUUUACAGGGGGAAUAUAAUCUGAUUGAAAUAGUAGGAAAUAGGUAUUUGGGGAAAAUAUACCUUGCUUAACUGAUGAGUUAUGAUUUUCUUCAAUCUCAGUAAAUUUAAAGCUAAUUUUUCAAAGUUUCAGAUAGACUGAAGUGACCUAGAAUGUGAGACAGUACAAAUCUAAAUUUUUUCUUCCCUCCCCUCCUCCACCUCCAACUUCACUUGUAGUAUGUAUUGUGUGGAGUCACAGUAGUUUAGUAGUUUUUAUUUCAUUUUUAUUUAUUUUUACAUCCAAAGUAGGUAGCACCAGAGGAAUUAAAAAAAAAAAAGCACAAAUUUCAGCUAGCACAUACUUUGGGUGUUUUUUUUUUUUUUUUUCUUUUACUGAUUUGGUUAUUUGCCAUUUCUGGGGAUUAAACUUUAAAAAAUGUUCUUCUUUUCUGUAUCUGAUGUUCUGUGUGCUAUUAGUGAUGCAGCCAACACGAACGGUUGUCAUGUGUAAAACAACUUUCGAUCACCGCGAAAACACCGCCCUGGGAAAGCGUCCAUGCUUGAUAUCGUUUGGUUCAUGAACAUUAAGUUUCCAGUACAGGUAAAAUCCCAGAUGAAGCCAAAGCCCUUUCUCUGUUGGCGCCUGCUCCUACUAUGACAAGCCUGAUGCCUGGUGCAGGGUUGCUUCCUAUACCUACACCAACCCCUUUGACUACACUCGGUGUUUCACUUGGCACUUUGGGGGCUAUACCAGCGGCAGCAUUGGACCCUAACAUUACAGCACUGGGAGAAAUACCACAACCACCAAUUAUGGGGAAUGUGGAUCCAUCCAAAAUUGAUGAAAUCAGGAGAACAGUCUAUGUUGGAAACUUGAAUUCCCAGACUACAACAGCAGAUCAGCUGCUUGAAUUCUUUAAGCAAGUUGGAGAAGUCAAAUUUGUGCGAAUGGCAGGUGAUGAGACACAACCAACACGAUUUGCUUUUGUGGAAUUUGCAGACCAAAAUUCUGUACCUCGAGCUCUUGCGUUUAAUGGAGUUAUGUUUGGAGACAGGCCACUAAAAAUAAAUCACUCCAAUAAUGCAAUAGUGAAGCCUCCUGAAAUGACACCGCAAGCGGCUGCCAAGGAACUGGAAGAAGUGAUGAAGAGAGUAAGGGAAGCCCAGUCUUUCAUAUCUGCUGCUAUUGAGCCAGAGUCUGGAAAGAGCAGUGAAAGAAAAGGCGGUCGAUCUCGUUCCCAUUCUCGUUCAGAAUCCAGGUCUAGCUCAAAAUCCCGAUCUAGAAGGAAAAGAUCACACUCAAAACACAGAAGUAGAUCUGGCAACAGAUCACUCUCAAGACACAAGGACAGACGCAGAUCCAGAAGUCCCCUGAAAAAACGGUCUAGGUCCAGGGAAAGGCGGAAAUCAAGAAGUCGCUCACGUUCUCGGGACAAGAAAAGAGACAAAGAAAAGGUCAAGGAAAAAGAAAAGGCCAAAGAAAAGGAGAAAGAGAGAGACCGAGACAAGGAGAAGGAGAGAGACAAAGACAGGGAAAGAGAGCGAGAUAAAGAGAGAAACAGGGAGAAGGACAGGGAGAGAGAUAAAGAGCGCAACAAAGAUCGAGAUAGAGUCAGAGACAAAGACAGGGAUAGGGACAGGGAGAAGGAUAAGGACAAAGAUAGGGACAGGGACAAGGACAGGGAAAAGGAGAAAGAUAAGGAGAAGGAAAAAGACAGAGAAGAGGUAGAUGAGAACAAAGAAAAAGAAGAGAUUGAGAAAGAAGGAGAGAAAGACAGAGAGAAGAUUAAGGACAAGGAGGGAGAUAAGGACAAAGGAGGGGACAAAGAGAAGGACAAAGAAAAGGAAAAAGAUGGAGAUAAAGAAAAGGAGCGAGAAAAGGAGAGAGAUGAUAAAAAGAAGAAAGAUAAGAGAUCCAGAACACCCCCAAGAAGCUAUAGCUCUUCAAGAAGAUCUCGUAGCUCCAGCAGAGAAAGGCGUAAAAGGAAGAGUAGAAGUUCCUCCAAGUCUCCUAAAACAUCCAAAACAACAAAAAGAAAGUCUUCACGAACUCCUUCUCCAAGAAGAAACAAGAAAGAAAAAAAAAGAGAGAGAGAUACAAAUAAUGAAAGAAGAGAAAGAGAACGCUCCACCUCCAAGAAAAAAAGUAGUAAAGAAAAAGAGGGAAAGGAGAAAUCUGACAAAAGCACCACUACUUUGAAGGACAAAGAUCACACUAAAGAGGAUCAGAAUUCAGAAAUUGACAAGGAAGUAGACAACAGAGAUACACAAAGGACAGAUGAAGUCAAACUACAGCACAAUGGGAACUGUCAACCAAAUGAAGAAAAUCUCUCAAUUAAAAUGGAAGAGGUUUAAAGCAAAGACUGGACCUCUGAUUCAACUAAGGAAUGAAAUCCAAAGCUUUUUAUUUCCCAGAAUGAGGAAGAAAGUGUCAAAGCAAUCAACCUGAACGUGUUGAUAGUACUAGUAGCUCUUCCAGUUCUUGUGAUAGCUUUGUUGUUUUCUUGCUGUAAAGCAAGAGAGCACGGACCAGUAGUUACACCAUGAAAAGGCAGAUGCCAUCAGAACUAUUCAUCUCUGAAAAUCCAUGCAUUUCCAUCAUGGCUGUACUUAUUUGUAAAAUGAUUUAUGUUAAGUUUUACCAUAAGCUGUUACAAAUAAGUAGAAACUGAAAGAUGUAAACCUGUACUACCCCAAAAAAGCUGAAGAUAUGCAUUGAAGGUUGUUUAAAAUACUGCUUGUUGAUGAAUUUUGUAUUGUUUUACUUCAUGGGUUAAAAAACCCACAAAAACUUCCAUGUGUACUGUUUGAUGUGCUUGGAAGUGGUGCAUAAAUAUACACACUUUCUUUUGUUGUAAAUGACAACUGUAGGGAAAGGGUUUUUAAACAUAAACACAAUUCGACGGUUUUUGUGUUAAAUACCCACUGACUAGUAUAUUUUUUAUUUGCUCACUGCUUGAGAUUCUUGGGGUUUAUUAUUUAAAAGGAUUUCUUACUAAUAUCCCUAAAAUUAAUAUUUCUUUUAAAGUAUUUGAACAAUGCAUGCUACUUUUAUGUUCCUAAAAGGGACAUUGCCAUGUUAUAGAUAAUAGGUUAGCUUACUGCGUUAUUUUGGGGUUGUUUUGUUGUUUUCUUUUGUCCUUCCAGAACUGAACACAUCUCUAUGAUGUUAUCAGAACUUACAGCUUUGUUUUCAGCUGUACUGCGGUGUGUCUGUUCAGCUGCAAAUAGUACAGGUGCCAUUACGAAAAUAAACUUUUAUUUGUUUAAAAAAACAUGGGAGCACAAGCAGAAGCUUUAGUGCCUUCUUAAAAUGUGGUAUUUUCUAGAAAUGUGUAUGUGCUAUUACUCAUUUUCAGCUAGAUCUUACAUGAUCUCUAUUGCUAUUUUGCCACCACCAUACUGUAGACAAGAAUGCAAGUGGUUUGUCAGAAUGGUUGUUUGAUUCACUUGUUAAAAUACUAAAGCUCCAUUUUUACUUUAAUUUUUUAUUUUUAGAGGAGAUUUAUAGAUGAAAGCAAGGAUGCAAUUUGGGGACCACCACUGUACAAAAGUAGUAGCAGAAUACAAAGCAUUUUCUGAUCACCUGCAUCAAAGACAGCCCUUUAGAUAUUUUAUCUACAUUUGGAUGGCCUUAAUUGUUACCUCUCCAUCAUCUUCUCUGAUACCUGUUGGGUGAUAUAAAAGGAAUUGUAUGCAAAGAAGAGGGGAUAAAUAAUUUUGGGAAAAAAGUUCUAAUUUACACAGGAGUUAUAUGGUAGAUUUUUUUUUUCAUUCUUUGGGGAGAAAACAUGUGAGAAUGACAAAGCAAGUAUUUUUGUCAAGGUAAAACAUGGCUUGUGUUUUCUGAACUAAUUUAAUCAGUUACAUGAGAUUUCUUAAAGAGUCAUACCUUUAAAACUUACUUAUACCUAAAAUCGAGUAGAGUAUUUUUAAUACAACUUAAUACAAUCAAAUGACUUAAUUGCCUUACCUCACGGGAAGUUAUUUCUUUCAGUUAAAAUAAAAAACUUCAUAGCAUAUUAACUAUUUGCUUUCAAUUUGUUUUUCUUUUCAUUUGCAUAGUUAAUUCUCAAAAAAAAGCAUAUUACAGGGGAUGAAAAAUUUGCCCAGUUUCUAAGGUAAUGAAACCCAGUUUGAUUGUGAAGCUGCUUAAUCACUCUUCAUUUUCGAUAGAAUUUAAUGUUCUUGCCACUGUGUACAUUUAAGACUAUAGAAAAUGCUUUACCAUGUAAAGUAUAGACAGUCAUUUUUGUGAUGUUUAAGCCACAUGCUGUUGGCUGGUAAACAGCUUAUUCUGAUAAAGGAGUGACAAACUGUAUGCUUACAGAAGACUGUGAAGGAUUGUGUCUUGCAACAACAGCUGUCUUAUUUAUGAUGUGUAAGUAGCAUAGAACAAAGCGAUUGUUUGUAUACUUGCUAUCUUUGGUACCAUUUCACUAAUAAAAUUAAGUAUUUUAGAGGGACAUUUCUGCUGGUACAUACUUACUGAAGAAAUAUUUUUAGUUAUCUGGUCUUAUUCACGCAGCUCCUUUGAUUUGAAAUGUGGAUACCAGUGAAAAUAUACAUGUAUUAUUCAUAGUAUCUUUGAAAAAUGAAGUUUCUCCUUUGGGAGGAAUUAGAAUUCUUGCCAGUGUAUCAUGUUUCAGCUGGUACUAGUUUGAUUUCUUGAGUUUUGUUAUCCUGAAAUUGCAUAGCUCUAUUAGAUAUCAGUUACAGAAUAUGUAAAGGAUUGUGUACAUUAGCUAAGAAACACGCCUUUGGAAAUUAAGUUAUGGGUGGCAGCCUUACUAGCUAACUUAGGACAUGUGUAAGUCCAUAUGCAGCACACUGUUACAUUGUAUGUGAACUAAAGGUUUCCUUACAAAAAGGUUUUUCCCUAAAAAAAGGUAAAAAAAACCCCAAACAACCAAUCACCAAACACAAAAACGCACCUCAACUCAUAUUCUCUGACAAAUGCUGUAUUUUCUGGUUUUGCUUUGUAAGUACUGUGCAGAUCUGUGAGGUAGUUAAGUUCUGUCUAUAUGUGUUAGGUGUUUUACAGUUCCUCUCUUCCUAAAAAGCCACUACUAGAGAGCUAUUAUUCUGUAAAAUGGCGCUCUCUGGAGAGAGUAGCUCACUUUUAAGCCAGUAGUGUAGCACAAUAAUGAAGUUCCUGCUUGGUCCAACAGGAUUGUGUGCAUCAUCCAUUAAAUGUGUCCGUCUUCCACUGGAAGUCCAUUGCCUUCAUCGUUAACAAGUUUGCAUGCUGAGCUGCUGUGUCAGAUUGUUUGGUUUUGCACUUUAUAAAUCAGAUUAAAUUGAGUGGAGGUUUUGAGAACAGUGUAGUUCAUGAUAGCUGUAUUUUAAAUGUAACUUCAUUUGAGUCAGCCUUUAUUUGAAAAUGUGACUUGUAAUUGCUCAGAAAAGUGAUGAUAUGGUGCCGUUUUGCUAAGACUGUGUAAAGCACUUAUGCAUAAGCUUCCAUUAGUGACCACAGUUACUUCACAGCAGUGUUUCUGGAUAAUAGAUAGGAUUUUUCUUUGGGUUUUGAAAGAAGGUAGCCGAAGACAGCUGCUGCUGGAUGAAACAGGAUGCCAAGCUCAAAAUGAAGGUGGCUGUGACUUAGAUAAAUUCAUCGAAGUCAAUAGGUUUACACAGGUGUGAGGGAUGAAAUUUUGUUUGCAAACACUAAUGGUAGUAUGGUAUGUAAAGAAUAGCGGUUUUCAUAUUUCAGAAUUAGAACUAAGAGGGGAAAAAAGCACUUCGGUUGGAAACUACAAACAUCUGAAGGAUACCUGAGAAAUCGGUGAGAUGUGGGUUCUGCCUACUCAUUAGUCACCUGCUAUUUUUUUUUAUGGCAAUUUCAGAUAGAUAUAUGUGAACUAGCUUUACAUUAGCUGGCUAACAGCAGCAGCCUAUAUGCACAGCUUGGAUUCUGAAAUGAGCUGUGGCCAGUUGAGUGUGUUUGCUGCGAAGAAGGUAAAUUCUGUAGUCUGUAGCAUGCUUUCCAUUGCUUGCUAGUGUUUUCUGGCCCAGUUACUUCUGAGGCAAUACUUGAAAUUACUUCUAAACUCUGCAAAUCUAUUUGUUACAUGGUAGCUUUUCUGUGUUGCCCUUAGCUUGUCCUUGUAUUUUGUAAUAGUUAAGAGAUUAAGGGAUUUCUGUGAUUUUGUUUUGGUCUGAGGAAGAGAUAAUAAGUUAAGGCUGCUUUGUAUGGUACGAAUUAUUGUAUACUUCAUACUUGUCCUUAUUACUGUGUUAUUUUUUUCAUUCACAUGUAUGACGGUUGCAAGCAGUGAUGCCAUAGUGAUGUGUGUAUCUUCUACUUCUAGGUCUGACGCAUCUGCAUCACUGUCUUUUUGUUAGUUUGUAAUGAAACAAGGUUAGAGUUCAUGUAUUUUGAUUUUACUAGCCAUUCACUUAGAGAAAAAAAAAACCAGACAAAAAUAAUCUUGAAUUUUGUAAAUGUUAGUGUGAAAAUUGCAUUAUAAUGGUAAAACAAAUAAUGUUAAAGAUACGAAUUCUGGACAAUGACUUGCGAACUGGGGCAUAUUAUGGGUCCCGCCUGCCACUUGGUGGUACUUUCCAUUUUAUAGCAAUCAAUUAUUGCCUUAGGCGUUAGCAUAAUUUUAAAAGUGAGAAUUGGACUUAGUGACACAAGUGCUGAGAUCUGUAAAUUGCUAAAAUAAUGUAAAUCUGUAGGCGCUUAGUUCAGAGAGAUGUAGUUUUCUCACCAGAGACUAGAGUGUGGGCAGUUGAAAUCUGUAGAUAUCGUUAAGUGUUAUUACCUAAAGAGAAUCUAAAACUUAAUUUUGUUUGCUAAUAUGUAAACAGAAAAAAAGUUUUCAGCCUGUACCUUAGGUUUAUUUUUAUAUGUUGAAAAGUUAAUUAAAGUAAUAUUAAAAACUAAAAGCACUGGACAAAAGGGAAUUUUUUUUUAUGUAACAGAAAUACACUUUAAAUUGUGUUUAAUUUUAAACUCUUAAAAUAUGUCUUUGCAUGCCAUGUUUAUUUCAAAUUCAAGAAUUCUUCAUUUGUAGGUAAGUCCUGUUGCAGGAUCUGAGCAUGUUAGUAUGGGGAUUUCUUCUGUAUUCUCUUCAAUACAAAACAGCUUAAUAAACUUGUCUGACCAUAUGUGGAGGCAGCUACUUUCGCCCUAGUUUGAGGAGACACAGCUCUAACACUUUGAUUCUGUAUUGUUUAAGUAAAUACUUCAGUUGAGAAGCUAUCUACUAACUUCAGUUUUCACAAUGUUUUCUGAAACUGAACUCUUACUAUCCGAGAGGGCAAAAAAAAUUUUUUUUUAAAAUUCUUGUGACAGCUUUAUGAUUUUUGAGCUUAAUACAGGAGAACAUGGGCAGCAAAAAUGGGGUUUUAGCUGUUUAUAUAUUUUCUUCUGGAAAGUUUCAGCUUACACUUUUUUUCUAAUUAACAUUUUUUAUGUUAAUCUGGUGCCAAAUUUGAUGUAAUACUAGAGAUUUUUGGUGUAGAAAGUUUGUUCUAUACUAAUCUUUUUAAUCAAAUUGUUCUUCUCCAUUGAAAAGGUUACUUGUGUCUGUUUUCACCUGAAAGACUUACUAGCAGUGGUAAAAGAAUAAUUUCAUCUUCCUUUCACUCAGUCUUUGAUGUUGAUGAGCCUGCCAGUUAAGUAGCGUUCUUAGAAGUUGUUGCUCUACUCAGUAAAAUCUUCCUUAGUGCAAAGAUUUAGAACUACUGCACCGAUGAGUAAAUCAUGGGCCACUUAGGAAUUGCUACUUCAUAAAUACAUAAUUUUCAUAGUAAUUUAAUCAAAGAAAUGAGUGAUCUGCUCUGGAAACAUCAAGAGAGUAAUUUGAUAUGCACAGUUCACGUAGUCUUACCAGUAGAUCCUUUCUGGUAUUUUUCCCACUGAUAUAGGAGCUAUGACUAAUUUGUUAUACACAGCACCUAUCACAGUCUGGGUUCAGAUACACCUGGGGAACAUAAGCACUACAGCAGCAAAAAUAUUAUUUCCCUUCUCUAAAUUCAGUAUUUCUGGUAAUAAAGUAGGUCUUCUAAGUUUAAACAUACAACCAAACUUGUUCCGUGUUGGUAGAGUAUAUUUUUGCACUAAUGAAACAACUGUGAAAUGGUACAAGUAAAGAAAUGUCAAAUGCUGCUAUUAUGUUGUAGUUAUUUUUGUAAAUAAACAAUGUCCCAAAGUUUUAA